AUGGCCUCCGAGUCGGUGAAGGUGGUGGUGCGCUGCCGGCCCAUGAACCAGCGCGAGCGGGAGCUGAACUGCCAGGCCGUGGUGACGGUGGACUGCGCGCGCGGCCAGUGCUUCCUCCAGAACCCGGGCGCCGCCGACGAGCCCCCCAAGCAGUUCACCUUCGACGGCGCCUACUACAUGGACCACGUCACCGAGCAGAUCUACAACGAGAUCGCCUACCCGCUGGUGGAGGGAGUCACCGAGGGCUACAAUGGCACCAUCUUUGCCUACGGCCAGACGGGCAGCGGAAAGUCCUUCACCAUGCAGGGCCUGCCAGAUCCACCGUCCCAGAGAGGCAUCAUCCCCAGGGCCUUUGAGCACGUGUUUGAGAGUGUUCAGUGUGCAGAGAACACCAAGUUUCUGGUCCGGGCCUCUUACCUGGAGAUCUACAAUGAAGAUGUCCGUGACCUGCUGGGGGCUGAUACCAAGCAGAAGCUGGAGCUGAAGGAGCACCCGGAGAAGGGUGUGUACGUGAAGGGGCUGUCCCUGCACACGGUGCACAGCGUGGCCCAGUGCGAGCGCAUCAUGGAGACGGGCUGGAAGAACCGCUCGGUGGGCUACACCCUGAUGAACAAGGACUCCUCGCGCUCCCACUCCAUCUUCACCAUCAGCAUCGAGAUCUACGCCGUGGACGAGCGGGGCAAGGACCACCUCCGAGCCGGCAAGCUGAACCUGGUGGACCUGGCAGGCAGUGAGCGGCAGUCCAAGACGGGGGCCACCGGGGAGCGGCUCAAGGAGGCCACCAAGAUCAACCUGUCGCUGUCUGCCCUGGGCAACGUCAUCUCGGCGCUGGUAGACGGGCGCUGCAAGCACAUCCCCUACCGCGACUCCAAGCUGACGCGGCUGCUGCAGGACUCCCUGGGCGGCAACACCAAGACGCUGAUGGUGGCCUGCCUGUCCCCCGCCGACAACAAUUACGACGAGACCCUCAGCACGCUGCGCUACGCCAACCGGGCCAAGAACAUCAAGAACAAACCGCGCAUCAAUGAGGACCCCAAGGACGCCCUCCUCCGGGAGUACCAGGAGGAGAUCAAGAGGCUCAAGGCCAUCCUGGCGCAGCAGAUGAGCCCCAGCAGCCUGGCAGCUCUGCUGUCCAGCCAGGCACCCCCAAAGCCUGUCCAGGUUGAGGAGAAGCCCUGGCCCACCCCUGUGAUCCAACAAGACACAGAGGCGGAGAAGCAGCUAAUUCGGGAGGAGUACGAGGAGCGCCUGGCCCGGCUGAAGGCUGAUUAUGAGGCAGAGCAGGAGUCCCGGGCCAGGCUGGAGGAAGACAUCACUGCCAUGCGCAACUCCUAUGAUAUGAAGCUGUCCACGCUGGAGGAGAACCUGCGGAAGGAGACAGAGGCUGUCCUGAAGGCAGAAGUCCUCURCAAGGCCGAGGUCAUAUCCAGGGCCGAGUUUGCCAACACGACMGAGCAGCCACCAGCGUUCCAGUACGAGCUGGCGGCAAAGCCCGAGGUCUUCUCCAUGCCCCAGGAGCCGUCUAAGUGUGAGGUUUCCUGGGCAUCGGAGUCAUCCCCGCUGGACUCCUCCAUGUCUGAGGCCUUACCUGGUGCCGAGGAGUUCUCCAAUGGAGAGUUCUCUGUGCCCGAGGAGGAGCCCCGGGACAAGUACUUCCUGGAUGACUAUCUCGGCCAGGCGGCUGCUGGGUCCCCGCUGGAGGAAGAGAGCGCUGUCCAGGGGGAGGGACUGUCCAUGCUGCAGCUGUUGCCAAGCCUGCAGGACCCGUUCGCCGAGGUGGAGCUCAAGCUGGCCAGACUGUCCUCCACUGUGGCCAGGAUAGACGUACCCCAGCCAGGCGCACCCCAGGUCCCCGAGCAGCACCCCUCCCCACCAGAACUGCUGGAGCCCAGUGACACCAGUUCGGAAGCAGAAGUAUCCAGUGACCUCCCACUCAGCACCGAAGUGGAUCUAGUCACAGAGGUGACAAAUGAGGUGGAGUCCACAGCASAGCCUGGCUCUUGGAUGGAGGCUGAGGCUGAGGCGGCCCAGGGGACCCAGCCUCAGCCCCUGCAUCCUGUGGGGAGCUUGAGAAAGGAGAACGUGGGUGUGGAGGUGGCUGUGCUGACUGAGGAGCUGCUGGAUCAGCAGAAGGUGCUGGCCCGCCUGCAGUUGCUGGAGCAGCAGGUGGUGGGCGGGGAGCAGGCCAAGAACAAGGACCUGAAGGAGAAGCACAAGCGGCGGAAGCGGUACGCGGACGAGCGCAAAAAGCAGCUGGUGGCGGCGCUGCAGAACUCGGACGAGGACAGCGGGGACUGGGUGCUGCUCAACGUCUACGACUCCAUCCAAGAGGAAGUGAGGGCCAAGAGCAAGCUGCUGGAGAAGAUGCAGAAGAAGCUCCGGGCGGCAGAAGUGGAAAUCAAAGAUCUGCAGUCAGAAUUCCAGCUGGAGAAGAUAGAUUAUCUGGCCACUAUCCGUCGCCAGGAGCGCGACUCCAUGCUCUUCCAGCAACUUCUGGAACAGGUGCAGCCCCUGAUCCGCAGGGACUGCAACUACAGCAACCUGGAUAGGAUUCGGCGCGAGUCAUGCUGGGAUGAGGAGAGUGGCUUCUGGAAGAUCCCAGAGCCCAUCAUCAUUAAAACCAGCCUUCCAGUAGCAGUUCCAACUGGGCAACAGAACAAGUCAGCCCGCAAGACCUCUGCACCUGACAACGGGGAGCCAAACAUGGAGGAAGACCGCUACAAGCUGAUGCUCAGUCGGAGUGACAGUGAACAUAUUGCCAGUAACUACUUCCGUCCCAAGCGGGCCAACCAGAUCCUCAGUUCAGAUCCCAUGAAGAGCCUCACUCAUCACAACUCACCGCCAGGCCUCGGCUCCCCGCUCAGCAACAACUCUGCCAUCCCGCUUGCUCAGGCCCCUGAAAUGCCCCAGCCCCGGCCCUUCCGCCUCGAGUCCCUCGACAUCCCCUUCACCAAAGCUAGGCGGAAGAAAAGCAAAAGCAACUUUGGCAGUGAGCCUCUGUGAUGGCAGCUGCCCGCUACCACCUGCCUUUAGGCUCCAAGAAAC